ACUCUACGGCCAUCCGUAGAUGCUUCCCCUUCUAUUAGGAGUUAAGGCAACAAGAGGAAGACGUCUCCACCUUUUUCGUCUGCCACCAUCGAGAGAAAAUCUAAGCAUAAGAAGGAUACUUUUGCCACCCACCCCAUCUUGCUUGAUGAGCCAGUUGGAGAAGCCUGAAGCUGCAGCAGACACCGUGAUGCCUACAGCCCCCAUUUCUGCCACACCUAUAGCUCCCACUUCUAUAGGUCCUGGUCCGAUUCCUACUGAUGUGGCUCCACCCUCUCAGUUUGAGGUAGGCAGCAACUCUGCCAUAGUUCCUAAUCCCAUAAGCGAGGUUGCUGCUCUCUUCAUCCGAUUUGACUAGCCUGAGGUCAAAGAGCUAGAGCUUGUAGAAUUUUGGGGUGCUAGGGCUCCUUAUGUUGAUUUUCACAACUUCCAGGUUUUUGGGGAAUGCUUUCCCCUUUUGGAGGUAGUUUAUAACAGCCGUGGAGACUUCAUGCGGGGUUUCUUCUCGGCUAUUCUACAAGGGAGCAUUUCCUGAAGUUGUUAGGGAGCGUGAUGAAUGAUAUUGAGCACAACUUUAUUGAUACCGUUUCUGCCGAGAGGAUUUUGUAAUAGAGGGCUAUGGUUCUGAAGCUGAUUAGAGUGGGCUUUGCAGUGGAGUUCAUGCUGGACCAUCUGCGAGAGAUUGCUCGAGCCUUCUUCAUGAAGAAGGUUUGGCCUGCUAUGGAUGCUAUAGAUACAUGUAUUGAGGCUUUGAAGAAGGAGGUGAUAGACUUGGAGGCACGUCGUGAGUGCCUUCUUUUUGGUGUUGUUGGCUCUAGCCGCUUUGGAGAUCAGACCCUCAUUUCUAGACUUCACUAAGAUUGUGUAGUUUUCCCUUUUGUUUCCUUUCCCCUUUCCCCCUAUCUAGCACACUUUUUAUUUCCUACAAUACUUAUUUGGCAAGUCUGACAUGACUUCUAU